AUGGCGUCCGCGUGCGUGGCGAGUAGCAGCCGGCAGACUUCGCCUGGUUGCGAUGCGAUUACAGCGAAUGACCUAGCGAAGCUCAUGGCGAAGAAGAGCUCGUUCGAGAAAGCGGUGAAGGACCUGGCAGCUCUUAUUGCCGCGCAGUACCCUUCCUCCUCUUUGGACGAGCAGCAGAAGAUGAUCGCGGCCGUCCAUCGCGCAGCUACUCUCCUUAAGACUCGCUACACGGCGCGUGGCUUCUGGGCGGCGGGUCUCGUGCUUUUCCGCGCGGCCAGCGCUGUGUUGGGGGAGGGAGCGAAUCGGAACCGCGUCCAGCAGCACAUCAAGUCCGCGCAGGAGUUUCUGGGGGAAGGCGGGGGAGGGGGGGAAGGCGGAGAAGAAGAUUUGUCGCAAGGAGUAAGCGGGGGACGAGGGGAUGGGGAAGGGGUGCAGGGAGCAGGGAGGGCAAGAGAAGUGAGAGGAGGUGGGGUAGGCAUGCUUUCUGCCGCGUCUCCUUCCUUUCAGUUUGAGGGUCAGGUGACAGCAGCAGCAGAGCCGCCACGGCCUGAUUGGCUGGUGGCUCAGACGCUGCUGACAACUCUGGCAGCGGCGCAGCAGCAGAGGGACCUGGAUGCUGUUGCUGCUGAUAGCAAUGGUGACAGCAAUCCUGAACGGGAAGACAGAGAUCCGCAGGAAGGACAAACCCCUCAUCAAGCCAUUGCAGCGCUCCUGCAGGGCGGAACAACGUUGGAGGAUCUGCUACGGGAUGCAAUAGCAAGAGGGGGAGCUGAUGACCUGCUGACUCCCGGCCUGGCCGAGGCUCUCGAAGCCAGCAUGCAGGCGUCUCAGCCACCUGGCGCCCCGCCUGCCUCUAAGAGAGCCGUGAAGCAGCUGCCUGUGCUUGUGUACAGUGAGGCUGGCGUGGUGCCGUUGGUGGGGGAUGGGGCGCGAGAAGGGGGUGUGGCGGGUAGUGGUGUUAGUGGUAGUGCUGGCAGCAGCAGCAGUGGUGGGAAAACUGAGGAGGGGGAUAGUGUUGGUUUGGGAGGGGAGAGGGUGGAUGGGGAGGGGAAGAUGGAGGUGGGGGAGGGGAGUGUGGACGAGUGCAGUGUGUGCAGGGAGAAGUGGGAGAUUGGUGACAAGCUGAGGGAAAUGCCAUGCAGCCAUCGUUUUCAUGUGGACUGCCUGCAACCAUGGCUGGAUGAGCACAACUCGUGUCCUCUGUGUCGUUACGAGAUGCCAACAGACGACCAUGCUUACGAGAGGCGCAAGGAGCGAGAGAAGGAAGAGGAGGAAGAACGGAGAGCCACACACUCGCCGUUUCUCGUCGACGCCACAGCAGCUGCCACAAUGCUGCCAUGCUGUUUGGCGGUGUGGGGAUGCGCGUGCUGCGGGUGGGCCGUGCACCGCCUCGUCCGCAAGGGCGCGGACGCCAGCCGCGACUGGCCCGCCGCGUCGAAGGACGAAAUGGCGGACUUUCCGCGCCUCGCGACGCUCAUUCUCGCGUCCUACGAACCCGACUUACUUAAGUGCCUGCAGCUCCUAGAGUCCGUUUCCGACGAUCACGGAAACAUCUCCCCGCAGACCGACGCUGCCGCUGCCGGGAAACCAUCCAAACAAAGCGACUCUGACGCCACGCACGCGCAAUCGGCGAAGGAAAAGCACCCUGAUUCCGAAUCCAACGGCAAGGACGGACAGCCGAAAGGAAAGCGGGAAGUGAUUGAGGCGCGCGUGCUGCGGAAGGUGGAGCAGCGGGAGACGGAGGGGCAGUGCCCGUCGUACCUAGUGUACCUGGACGAGGCGAAUAAAGACAUCACCGUCGCCAUGCGCGGCAUGAACCUGACUCAAGUGUCGGACUAUGCCAUCCUCAGGAACAACCGCAAGGGCAAGCAGAUGUUUGACGGGGGCUACGUACACUGCGGGCUGCUAGCAGCAGCGGGCGCGUUCCUGGAUCUCGAGAUGGACCACCUCAAGCGCCUCCUGCGCCGCCACCCCUCGCACACGCUCACACUCACGGGCCACUCCAUAGGCGCGGGCGUGCUGGCGCUGGCAGCCAUGGUGCUGGCCAACAACCUGCGCGAGCUGGGCCGCGUGCGCAGAGGGCGCAUCCGCUGCGUGGGGUUCUCUCCUCCACGCUGCGCGUCGCUGAACCUGGCUGUGCGCCACGCGGAUAUCAUCACCUCGGUCGUGCUGCAGGAUGACUUUCUGCCCCGUGUGGCACACCCACUCGCUCUAGUAUUUGGAGUCACCUUCUGUCUACCAUGUGUGCUGCAGUACUCAUGCUGCCACGACACGUGUGUGCCGGAGCAGAAGAGACUGGCGGACCCCAGAAGGCUCUAUGCCCCCGGCCGCCUCUACCACAUGCUCUACACACAGCGCUGCAGCUGCGAGGACCUCCCCCCGGUGGCGCUGACGGCCAUUCCAGUGGAGGGGCGGUUUGAGCACGUGGUGCUGUCGCGCACCGCCACGCGCGACCACACGCUGCCCCUCAUUUCUGCCAAGCUGAACCUGUUCCUGCAGGUGAGGUGA